AUGGCAGCCCACAAGCCUUUCAAAGUCAUCAUAGCUGGUGGCGGCGUCGCGGGGCUGACCCUCGCACAGAUGUUUGAGAAAUUCGACAUUGACUAUGUCCUACUAGAGGCCUAUCAGGACAUUACGCCACCUGUGGGCGCCAGCAUCGGGCUCAUGCCCAACGGCCUACUCGUGCUCGAUCAGAUUGGGUGCUAUGAAGCAGUCCGCAAGGUAGCCGAAAGCGCAAACAAUGGCGAGGCUUACACGCGCGAUCCAAAUGGGCGGCCUCUCAGUGUGCAACGGUCACUCUUUCAACAUCUCGGCAAACGUCAUGGCUAUGAAAUACUUUUCUUCGAUCGGCAGUGGCUCCUCAAAGUACUGUACGAUCAACUUCGCCACAAAGAUAGGGUCCGUAUAAACCAGAGAGUGCAGAAGAUCACCACCGGUCCGACAGGUGUCGAGGUUACAACUACAAACGGCGAAACCUUCUCUGGAUCCAUAGUUAUUGGUGCAGACGGCAUUCAUAGCACUGUUCGGCAAGAAAUGCGAAGGUUGGCGGACGAUCGAUCCCCCGGGUACUUCCCCCAGGGAGAAGAAGACAACGUCCCCAGCUACUACCAGUGCAGCUUUGGUAUUGCGCAAGACGUCAAGAACUGGAUCCAAGGCGAGCAGACGACUACCUGCGGCCACGGUAAGUCAUUCCUUGUGGCCUCUGGCCCGGAGGGUCGCUGUUACUGGUUCCUGUUGAUCAAGCUGCCCAACGUUAUGCGCGGCAAGAACAUACCAAAGUUCACAAAGCAAGACGAGGAGAAGAUGGUCCAAGAGAGCCGGGGUUUGAAGAUCAAGGAGAACCUCACUUUCGGAGAGGUCUACGAUAAACGCAUCAGCUCUACUCUAACGGCUCUCCACGAGGUCGUCUUUGAGAAGUGGUUCUACGAGCGUAUAAUGCUUAUUGGUGACUCCGCCCACAAGCCAAAUCCGAUCGGCGGCAUGGGUGGGAACGGUGCCAUCGAGUCUGCAGCCGAGCUCCUCAACCAUCUUCUUGACGUUCGAGAUCGGCGAGUCGGAGGCCUCGAUGGCAUCGGCACUGCUGAAGUCCAGGAAAUCUUCCAGCAGCUACAGCAGACCCGGUUCAACCGAGCCACUGAGAUCGUCGAAGCAGCUCACAAACAACAAGCCCUCUUGGCGUACGAGAACCCCUUCAUCUCUCAGGCAAUCCUGCAUGUCGGCGCACGUCUUCUCAGUGGCGGCGACAAUACCCUGGCCCUGAUGGGGUCUCAAAUUGUUGGUGGAUCAAGGCUGAAGCAUGCGCCCGUUCCUUCUCGGCCCCGCGUCAUCCCAUUCGAGCACGAACUUCCCGCAGCUCAGUUCAGUGCACAACAUCACACCAUCAUCCGAAUUGUAUACUGCCUUAUCUUAGGAGCUCUCCUCUUGUUCGCGACGAGGGCCUUCGGUCAGUCUGUCCCUUGGGUCGAUCUGCUGACAGUUGGCAAAACUCUGCCGGCUGAUGCUAAGGCUCAAGCUGCACUGGUCACGGUCCAGCUCAUCGCCCCCCUCCUGGUCUGGGUAGUCGAGGCCUACAGGGCCGGCAACCAAAACAGUCUUGUCUCCUUGCCGACACUAUUCGCCGCAGCUACCUCGUUCCUCGGCAUCAGUCGGGUUGUACUCCUUUAUGCCAUCGCUAUGACCACGUCGCCACUGCUCAAUCCAGCACACCGCGCAAUCCAGCCGGCGGCCGUUAAAUCGAUUCUGCCAGCUCUUCUUCUGGGCUAUAUCAUUCCGAGUAUAGUGAUGGUCUCUCAGCUUGGUGAUGGAGUCGCGGUCCCUACGACUCUCUGGCACUUCGCGCCCGCUAUGUUCUCGCUCGGCACCGCCAUCAUCUGGAAGACUACGGCGCUGUUACGAAACCAUCGCGAGGUCGCGAGCAAGGUUUCCGACGGCAAUGAUGACCAGAAUUUGGACCGCUAUAGAGAUCUCGAGCUUCCCAUCCUGAACGCGACUUACAUCGCCGCGUUCCUGGCAUUGAGCAGUACCCACACCUGGGCUCUGGUAAACGCCAGUUUCUCUUCCUCAGGACCAGCUGUCUUUGGGAUUAAUGUUCUUGUCAAUCAAUUCCCUAUAUUCGACCUCACGCGGGCGCUGCCGGCGAUCCUCCUUUUCGAAUUGUACACCGUAUACGAAAUGCGGCGCCUUGGCCAGAUCACAACCAUUACGGCUAUCCGCGCGGCUUGUCUCGUCUUGCUAGCGCAGAUUCUCGUCGGCCCCGGCGCUUCAUGGAUUGGUCUGUGGUUCUGGCGUGAGAACACUAUUGCUGGGCUGUCGACUUUAAACGAGAAGAACUAG